AUGCCACGAUUAGUCCGGCGCAAGCCGUUCAUAGAACGCAUGAAGGCGAUGCUUAACCCCAUGGACUUUCUGCUUUGGCUCUCGGAGGAAAUGGAGACCAGGGACUGGGACUCUCAGCUUGUCGGUACACAAAUUGGCCUGGCUCUGAACUUUGUGUUCCUGCUCGCUCGAGCAAACUCAGGGCCCAGUAGCUCUUCUGGAGACGACAUAUUUGGCGACGACUCUGGUGGUAGUUGGCUGAGAUUUGUCGUCCAUCCUCUGGUCUGGGGGUUGGUAUUCUUUUCUUGCACUCACACAUUCUAUGCCCUGAAUCGCACCCGCAAAUACCGACUAUUCCAAGCCGACGUCGACGUCAAGCCAUCAACUCCAUCAGUACGGCGCGUGAAACUGCAGUCCGACAUGGGCACAUCCUCUCCGCUACGAUAUCUCAUUGAUAUGGUUGCCCCCGAGUCGGCCGAAUCCCGAGCGCAUCCAGACAAGGCAAAGGACGUAUGGGAACUGGCGGUUUGGGACCCCCUUCCUAUCUCUGUCCGUCUCCUUUGCUUCUUCAGCCCUGGGCAUGUUCUUGUUUACAUCCUCUUCCUUCCACUUGCACCGCUCGACCCCCGUCCUAGUGUGACGGUCUUCAAUGCGCUUCUUGUCCAAGUUGUUCUCUCCGUCCAGCUCCUCUUCCUUGUUUCGAGAUUUACCCAACAAGGCCGAGACAAUUCUAUAAUUCAGAAGGAAGUGAUGAACGAGUAUAACACCAAGUUUGUCCAUCCUCGUAUUCAUCCUACCGUCAGAGAGGUGGGAGUGCAGGUAUCAAGCGACAAAACAAAUCAUAUCAGAGAUGUCGUUCAAGUCGGAACACCCACAACUCUCGUUCAGAAUUCAUAUUUCAGCCGACAAAGCUCACGUUCAAGUCCCGAGCUACCUGAUAGUAUCCGAAACAAACUGAGGACUCCUCGCAUGUCAACACCUCCUUCCACAUUACGACACUCAGAUGUACAUACGCCCGUCAGCGAAGCACGCACCCCACUGGCAAGGAAAAGUCUUCCUGCCGAAUAUACAUCUACUGCUACUUCGACCUCUGCGUCGACUCCAGGCAUCCCAGCCUCAUCAUCGACAGGGUUUGGCGGGAAUAUGGGUAUCCACACACAUAACAAAUCUCCUUUGAAAAAAGCAAUCAGCAUGGGUGAUAUGAACACCUCUGAUAUGCCUUCACCAAGGAACUCGAGAGAAAUGGCAUCAUUUGAGCAGCGAAACCAAGCACUGCACCGCAGCCCCUCAAAGGGGUCCGACUUCCAGGGCUCUACGAGACCGAACCCUUUCGCUGUAGGGGCCCCAGGUUUUAAGAACCGACCCAAAUACGAUCGAUAUCCUUCCAUACGAUGA